AAGAAUAAACUCAAAAUUUUCAAGUGAAAAUAAAAACAUACAAAUAUACAAAAAAUCAAAAGUGUGAUAAAUGUUAAAGUGUGCGUACUAUGUCACACAACGGCAGUACCAGAAAUUCCCUCUCGGAGUCAUCCAGCAGUUCACCAAACCAAGCACUGAUGAUGAGGGAUAGUAAUGAUUUCACCGACUUAACUCUGUUCGGAUCUGCAGCGCCGGUGUUCAGUCGCACUGGAACUGUGCGAAGAGCUUCCAAAAAAAUUGAAAAAGAAGUCAGUGUUAAUGGGGAUGAUAGUGAAUUGCAGCAGACCAAGUCGCCCAGAACUAGUCCGGAGCUGCAUCCAGCUCCAGAGAGGUAUCGGAAAUCCUUGGACAGUACAUACAGACUCAGCCUCGAAUCAAUUUCUGAGUACAAGACCAAGAGCUCCUUCUCCGCAGCGUCGCUUUACCCUAGCCGAGAAUGCAGCUCCAUGGAGUCGUCUUCAUCCGACUGCACCGACUACGCCGUUCGCAGUACUACCGAUACCAAAGACGAAAAAACAUUAAUGAGUCCCGGUUCGAGUUAUUUAAGUUGGAUCGAAAGCGUCAAUAGCGAGUAUUUCGGUAGUGCGACAAGUACCGCGGAGGUAACAGACGUGGACAAUAAAGUUGGUGAGUGGAACAAUUUCUGGUUAAAUUAUAACAGUGCGAGGAGUCGGUACUUGUCGAGUCCUUAUCUGAGUACUUCGAACGAGGAUCGUACUGGUGACGAACUCUCAGACGCUAAGAGCACGUGCAGUACGCAGCGCGAGUUUACGGAGAAGACGGCCAAUGAACAGGUGAUGCUGUCGGUAGAUGAGGUAAAUGAAAUCAUCAAGUGCUCGCAAAGAAUUACGGAGAUACUUCAAAACGGACUGAAGAGGGCAGAAGAGUACGAUGAUUCGAAAAAUGAUUCGUAUUACUCACAACCGUACUCGUUGCAAUUGCCAGUCAGUUGUGAACUGUUGGAAAACAUUCGCAAUUUUUUAAAAUACUUAGACCUGAUACGCGAUGAGAAACCAGGCCUUAAGAAGUUAAAACGUUUUAUGAAAAUGAAGUCCUUCAGUGAUCCCCACUCAGUUCCCAAUUCUAUGAAGAGAAUAACGCAAUUUUUCCAGAACUCCAAGGAAGAAAUCAUCAUACCUCGUGAGCGUUCGUACUCCUACGCAAUGGAUCCUACAGAAAUUCAGAAGCAGAAGCAACAACUGCUGAAACCUACACCUCAGUCGUCAAGCAGUAGUUGCAUAAACGCUUUACUAAACACCGGCGUCGCUGACAUUCUCAAAAGGGUGAUAACGAAGCGUCGCGACGCUUUCAACCAAGACGACCCUCCUCCGCCAGCGCCCCGACAAAGUUUCUCGGACUGGUCUAGCUCCAAGUGAUAGUUAGAAUAACCAAUUAAACACGUUGUUUGUUAUAUUGUAAUUCCGCAUAGUUUUGAUAAGAAUAAUAAUGAUAAUUUUAUUUCACUUUUAUGUACACAAAUACGCACGUCACAAAUACGAAACAAAAAAUCAAAUUAUAUGCAA